AUAGAAUGGAGCUAAUUCCAAAACUCGUGGCCGGACUUAUCCUACUGACCUUAUGCGUGGAGAGCUGCUCCAGCCAACACUGGUCCUAUGGGCUGCGUCCUGGGGGGAAGAGGAGUACUGAACAUUUGAUCGAUUCUUUCCAAGAGACAGCCAAUGAGGUAGAGCGACUAGCAGAACCCCCACGCUUGGAAUGCACCAUCCACCAGCCUCGCUCACCCCUCCACGACCUGAGAGGAGCCCUGGAAAGUCUGAUUGAAGAGGAAGCUGGGCAGAAGAAGAGUUAAAUCUGCUGGGCCAGAAGGAUCGACAAUACUUAAGGGUAAUUCUGACACCGACAUUCGAGAUGCGUUGAGUAUCUGCAAGUUUUGUGAAUUUCAGAACUUCCGACACCAAGUGACGCACAUUUCAUAAUAAAGUGCUGUAUUAUAAAUGAGGUGGCACAAAUAUCAAGUUUCUCUAACUCAGAAUUCUGGGGGAGGGAUGCUGUGAGCCCAUCAAAAGGAGCCUUCCAAGUGGAGGACCAGGCAACAGAAGGGAGGGAGAGGGGAAAAAUGUCCACCAUGAAGUAAAGGGCUUUGGGCUCUCCAGGACCCUGCCCUGCACUCAUAAACACAGCCAUGUAUGCUACAGCCUAAAACAACCGACUCAGCUACUGGGUCUAUGAGACUGUAAUUUUAUCUUUGACACAUUCUACAAAAGUUAAGCUGAGGCCGUGGGCCAAGGCUUCCUCCCAUUUGGAAAGAAGUCCCCUCCCGAGAUCGUUUCCUGUCCCUCUGCAAGUCACAUGGAACCCAAGUGAGGCUGGGGUAGCAGGGGCCUCCCAGGGCUCUCAGUCCAGUGCUCCUGUUUCCACGUGGUCUGUCCAAAGGCUGCCCGCUGAGCGUGAGACCAAGGCCCCAAAAUAACAGCAUUUAUCUGUGUGAUCCUUCUGGUAUUUCAUUUGAGAAAUGCAAUGCAGUGCGGAGAGUCUGUUGGAGACAGGAUUCUGUAGUUUCUGUGUCAAACAGGGUAGCCACUGUGCAUCCUCCACAAAGACCAGCCUCAGGCUUUGUGCUAGGCACGUACACGCAUAUUUUCACCAACCAGUCUGGGACACAAACACUGUCUUCACUUUAAAAUGAAGAACAUGGGCUCAGAGAGUUUAACAGGCCCACUCCGUCCCAUCUGGCUCCGUGUUACCGGCUCCUAACCUGCACGGUGGUGAGCAGUUGUUGGAAUCAACACUUGCAAGCUGGGCUGUUUUGUUAAUCGGAGCUGAGUUAGGAUACUGGGGCUCAUGGGUCAACCUAGCUUUACUGGUGACCAUUUCUCUGUGACAUCCGAGACACCACGGCACUAAAAUUCUCUUAACUUCUAAGUGGCUAUGAGAUCAUUUGAAAAACUCAAAUUUCAAAUAAUGUGUUCAAUGUCUCAGCAACAAAUUGACACAGCAAAGAUCUAGGCCCUUUUCUUCCUCUUUUUUUUUUUUUUUUUUGCAGUUUUUUGGCCGGGGCUGGGUUUGAACCUGCCACCUCCGGCAUAAGGGAGCCAGAGGUGCCAUUUGAGCGCCUCCUUUGAGCCACAGGCACUGCCCUUUUCUUCCUCUUUUAAAUCAGACAGACACGUGAAACUCCCUUCUGCCCCUCCCCUCUACUUCAGAAAAAAGGGAGAUCUGUGCUAAGGAGUUUGAACAGAAAUACUCCAUGGGAACAAAAACUAUCCCUUUCUAACAUAAAUAUUUGCUAGUAGGCCAGGCACGGUGGCUCACACCUAUAAUCCCAGCACUUUGGGAGGCCAAGGCAGGUGGAUUGCCUGAGCUCAGGAGUUUGAGACCAGCCUGAGCAAGAGUUAGACC